AUGGCCUUUCUUCAGCCAGAUGAGGCUCUCGAAUUUACAGUUUCGGUGUACGUUAUCGUGUGCUCGUUAGGUAUCCUUAUAUGGGAUAUCCUACACAGCCUGACGCUCGAGUACCGCUUGGCGUUCAAACCUAAAUUGCGAGGGUGGUCGACUAUCGCGUACUUCCUUUCAAGGAUGGCAGCCUUGGGUUAUCUCACAGGGGAGACGAUUCAACACACGACAAGAUUUGCGAACUGCCGGCUCGCAAACCGAGUCUUGAGCGGAUUCUUCAUAGCGGCAAAAUCGUUUACAGCGCUCCUGUUCUACUUCCGGAUUUCCCAGGUAUAUCAUGGGUGUAGGGUCAUUAUUGCGCUAUUCGCUGGCUUGUGGAUGGUCGCCGUCGCCUGCUAUAGCCUCACCUGGGUCUCAUCCACAAGCAUAAGCAUUGGUCAGACCAGAUUAUGCAUGAAGGUUAUCCAAGACGCACGAAUACAAGCCUCUAUUUGGGCGGGCCUCUCCUAUGAUACCCUCGUAUUCCUGGCGAUCCUGUAUAAGUUCCUCAUGCAAGCCCUUAUUCCUGGGACAGAAUGUCACUUCUCAAAGAUUUUCUUCCAGCGGAGCCAAUUGUCCUAUCUAUACGCAGUCGUGCUGGAUAUCGCAGCCCUGGCGGUGUACUUUGGUGCCCAUGCAACUAGCUCUUCGCUGAGGUUGAUCCUCAUGGGUCCCAACGUCGCCGUCGUAAACAUCAUGGCAUGUCGGGUGUAUCGACUUACGAAAAUCGGCACGAGGAAGACCAGGGGGACUUUCGUCGGUGGGACGGAUCUAACUGGCGACAACUUCACGUUCAAAGUGCCGACAACUCAACAUGAGUCGAUCUCCCAUAGUGAUUCGGGUGGUCUGAGUGAUGGAGCGCGGACUCUUCGUCGUAUUUCGAGUGGUGGCCAUGGGGUAGAUGAAAGCGGGGUCGAAGCAAAGAUUGAACUUGUAAAGGAUGACCGCUCGGACUGGUCAGUUCGCUACGGACAAGCUCUUUGA